AUGCAGCAGUUCCUCGAGAACAUCCUGGUCGCCUACGGCGUGCCAAUCCUAUCCGCCCUGGGGAGCGAAUACUUCGUCGCCAUCCCCUUGGCUUUUAUCGCCCACUGGUGGGACUGGCCCGGCCUCGAGUCCACGCUAUUCUACCUCGCCGUGGUAUGGAGCGCCUACUACGCGCCGUCCAUCCGCGCCGACCGGCCCCACGACCCAGAGGCCUUCGCGUCCCUGAUGCGCGCCUCCCGCCCCAAGGCAUUUUACGUCGCCAUCUCCCUAACCCUGCGCGGCCUCGACUGGCUCGGCCUAGCGAAAUACACCACCUUUACAGCCUGCCUCACCGCCCUCUCGACCACGGCGCUCGCGUAUGCCGCCUCCCGCUUCAUCGAGCGCCGCGCCGGCUUCAGCAUCUGGCGCGGUGCGGUACGUGGAAUAACAAACCUGUGGGGCCGAUCGGUCGACGUUCGAUACCGACUCUUCGUCGGCUCCAUGGCGGCCGAGGUGCGGCUGAUGGACGCGACCCAGCACCUCCUCAACCGCUUCUGGCCCCGCGCCGUCACCAAGCUGUACAUGCGGCUGCUGGGCGUCGACAUCGACAAGCAGUGGACGUACCAGCCCCUCGCCGACCCCCACAAGCACAUCCGCCUGUUUCGCCUCGCGCGCUGGGUGCCCUUUGCCGGCGUGCGGGGCUCCGUCAUCCACGUUCCCCUCGGCGGCGGCAGCAGCAACGGCGCGACGUCUCCCCCGAGUACACGGCCAUCUCCUACCACUGGGGCACCGUACGCGAAAAGCGCUGGGUCUCGGUCAACGGCGCCCGCUUCGCCAUCUCCCUCGCCACCCACGACGCCCUCGCCGCCCUCGCCUCCCCUUGGCCCGCUCGCCCCCUUUACCCACCAAAUCCUGCACGAGCUCCUCCUCCUCGCCGCCAACCGGGCCAACCACCCCUUCCUCCAGCUAGGGACCCCUUCCUUACACGCCAAGUACGAGCUCGAGGUCCUCGGCGCCCCUGGCAGGCCCUCGUCGCUUUUCUCAACGCCGACUGGUUCUCCCGCAUGUGGGUCGCGCAAGAGGUCGCCCUCGCGUCCGCCGUCGAGCUGCGCUACGCCGGCCACGCCUACGAGUGGGCGGCCCUCGCCCACGCGCUGCAGGAGGCGUUUCGCCCCCGAGAUGGCGGCCCUGCUUCAGCUCACCCAGCGGGGCCGCCGCGCCGUCGAGCAGCUGAGCAAGCUCAGCACCCUGAACCAGACGCGCAGGCUGAUGCCCCUCGUGCGCAUCCACCGCACCAUGAACACCGGGCUCUCCUUCGCCCUGGCCCAGGCGUUUGCCCGCAUCCGCGCCCGCGAGGGCGGCGUCGUCGAGACCGAGGAGGAGCGCAAGCGCAACGAGGCGCUGCGCCGGGAUCCCGCGCCCCUCAUCCACCUCCUGCACAGGUUCUCCCACUUCGACGCCACGGAUCCCCGCGACAAGAUCUACGCCCUGCAGGGCCUCCUCGCCCAGGACUGCCCCGCAUCCCUCAUCCCGGACUACGACGCCGUCACCACGCCGGAGCUCUUCCGCCGCGCGGCCAAGCACAUCCUCAGCAACCGCGACAUGGACGAGCGCCUCGCCCUCUUCGCCAUGACCGGCUUCGGCUCUCCCGGCCGAGACGACGCCCUCCUCCCCUCCUGGGUCCCCGACCUCCGCCGGGCACACCCCCGCCCGCGCGCUUUCCCCAUGACAACGAACCCGACCGCCAACGACCUCGUCUACUUGCCCCGCUGGCACGCGUCCACCCUCGCCCUCGCCGCGCGCCACGCGUCCGACCCGUACCCCUUCACCACGCCCGGCCAGACCCUGCGCGAGGCCUUUUGGCGCACCCUCGUCGGCGACGCCGACAAGGAUUCCCGCCCCGCGCCCGCGUACCUCGCCGACGUCUACGCCGACGCCGUGGCGCUGUGGGAGGAGAUGCUCCCCUACGGCCUGGACGAGGGCCGCACCAUGACCCUGCCCGACGACGAAGAGCACUGGGCGAGGCAGAAGCGCGCGGGCGUCUGGAGCAAUGCCAUGGCGUACUGCGUUACGGGUCGGUCGCUGUGCGCGACGGCGGCCGGGUACUUGGGGUGCGUGCCUCGCUGGGCGCGCGCGGGGACGAGAUCGUCGUGGUGCGCGGGUCCGGCGCCGCUGGUCGUGAGGUCGGCGGAAGCGAGCGAUAACUCGGGGAAUAAGAACGGAGGUGGGCCGGGUGCCGGCCGGCCGGUGCGGUAUAGGAUCUUGGGACAGUGCUAUGUUCACGGGAUUAUGGACGGGGAGGCGGUCGGGUCGGAUCCGGCUUGGCAGGCCAUGGAGUUUGUCUAA